ACUGAGCUGCCCGUUUACACCUCAAUUGCUUGGUUCUUUAUUGGUGUUAAACUUUAAACUAUAAAGUGUCGGCAACUUUCCUGUCUGAACGGAGACUUCGCCAGCUGCCUGCCAUGUUAAUGAUGGUUUAUCUGGGGCUUUUACUUUGCCGGCCUUGUCGAGUCGGUCGUGUCCAGUGUCGGGUUUCGUUUUCACCAGUUUUUUUUUGUUGUUGUUAGCUUUCAUUUCUCGGGAAGCUCCCCGCUUUGCCAUGGAGGUUUUCGCUGCAAAAUUAACGACCUGGUGCCUCCGGCCUGCAUUAAUGCAGCUAAUCGCGUUAGCGCUGCCGCCUCGAAUGAGGGGGGACGGCGCGAUGGAGCCGCGUUUUAGUUCUAAGCUAAAUUCGACAUUAUUCAUCAGUCCACCCCCCCCCCCAUCUGAAGUGGAGAAAUUCCUUCUCCUUGGCGGCGGGAUCUUUUCUUCCCAUGUGUAAAAUGGACAAUGUCUUCCUUUUGCUUUGCUUAAUAACUUUUGGAUUCUGACAGCAGAUCCACAACAUGGUGACUGUAUUGGAAGUGAUUUCUCAUUUGGAGAGAUAUCCUAUUACCAAAGAAGCACUUGAGGAGACCCGUUUGGGGAAGCUCAUCAAUGACGUGAGGAAAAAGACGAAGGAUGAAGAUCUCGCCAAGCGUGCCAAGAAGCUGCUGCGCAGCUGGCAGAAGCUGAUCGAACCGGGCCAGACGGAGGCACCGGCAAAGGGGCCGUCGGGCUCCGCCAACGGUGCCACCCACCCCUGCCAGGCAGACAUGUCCCCCUCGAGCGUCCCUGUAACGGGCAAGCCCGUCUCGGAGCUCAAGAGCCGCAACGACCUUUACAACUCGCUCUCUCCCAAGACGGAGAAAGCGAGUAACCGCAAGCGCAAGGCGGAGCAGCGGGAGGCCUUUUACGCAUCGACAAAACUGUCCAAGUCGUCGGCGUUCGAGCGAGCGCAGAACUCCACGCCGCCCCCCGCCAACGGCAUUUCCGGCAGCCCGGAGGCUUCCUGCAACGUCCUGGAUGGCGGCCUGCCCCUGUCGCUGGAUUGGGGUGCAGCAGAGCACGCUGAUGGCGACAGGCAGAACAAGAUCCCCGUCAAUGCCGUGAAGCCACACCCCAGCACCCCGGGCUUCGUCAAAAUGCCCAGCACUUCCUCUCUGCUCAAGACAUCCGUCAUGCAGCAGCACAUAAAGAUGGAUGAAGUAACAGGGAGUGCGAGAGCGGGCCACUAUCACCCCCGAAGCCCCCGACGACCCAAUUACAGCCCCCGGAGUGUGAAGCAGGAGAGCGCGGGCAAGCGGCCAGUGACGUAUGCCCAGAGGGCGAGUCUGUCCAGUCCGCCUCAGGGCUCUAGCUUCUUGGACUGCUCCUCCCCCGUGGCCUCCCCCUCCCCCUCGCCGUCACCCUCCCCACAGCCUCUGAUGCCUUUGGCCCACCUUUCUCAGGCUGAGAAGCCUCAGUCCCCACAACUCAAGUCCUCACUGCCCUGCAACGGACCUGCAGACGUGGACCAGCAGAUGGUGGAAUCGGCGCCGGAUGCUGCCCGGGGCACAGAGGCAGCACCACAUGAGCAGAGAUUUGCCCCUGAGGUGUUAAAGGUGGAUGGGUACGGCACGCCCUCCGGCUCAGAGGGAAAGAAGCGCAAGAAGUAUAGAUCCAGGGACUACACGGUAAGUCUGAGUGCGCAGCCCGCAGAAGACAGCACCAAGCCUGUGCGGUUAAAAGACCGCAGGCUGACUUUCGAUCCUCUGACGAGACAGAUCAAACCCCUGACGCCCAAGGAGGCUGGCCAGGGGGAGGAGCCUCCGGGCUCACCCCUGGCUGGCCCCCAUCGGACCGGGCCGCUCAAAUCGGAGCCGGCGCCCCCUCUCCCCAGCCCCUUCCAGCAGACAAACUGGAAGGAGCUGUCCAGAAACGAGAUCAUCCAGUCGUACCUUAACCUCCAGAGCAACGUGCUCAUAUCAUCUGGUGCCCCUUCUUCCGGGGCGCACUUCUUCAUGACGGAGUAUUUAAAGCGCGAGGAGCAUCACAUUAAGGAGGCCAGGAAAACGCACGUGCUGGUACCAGUCAGCGCAGAGGCGGACUUGCCGGGUGUCACCCGAGAGGUGACGCUAGCGGACCUCUCCAGAAUACACAGGGGGUGCUGGCCGGGGGUCAACGGCUGCUAUGACACCAAGGACCACUGGUACGACUGGACACAGUGCAUAUCGUUAGACCCUCACGGGGACGGCAGUCGGCUGGACAUCCUGCCAUACGUCUGUCUAGACUAAGUUCCUUGUUUUUUCUUUUUUUUUGAUUGAAAAGGAGAAAAUGUUAUGUCCACUGUGAAUGACGGGGAGAGCGAACCUGCUGACCUCCUCCACCAGAGAGAAAGUUUAACAUGAGGGAAUAAACUGUUAGGAGGCAAAAAGCACUGAUUUGUUCAGUUAUUUUAUUUUGUUUCCCAUAGGCGACAUUGUAGGGAAAGAGCGCCUUGUUUGUAGUUUGCUGCUACCAACAUAGUAUUGCGAACAAGGUUGGGUGGGUCUCCAUCAGCGAGCUUGUGGUGAGGUGUGGUUCCGGAGCGUCGGAGCAUCGGCACUCUGUAUGCUGGGCUUUGGCAAUACCAGAGUUCUGUGGUGCCUGCGUGUGUGUGUGUGUGUGCGUGCGUGCGUGUGUGCGUGUAUGUGUGUGUGCCUACGCGCAUGUGUGUGUGUGGCAGGAACAGUAUGGCUUAUGUGGAGGAUGGAAUGAAUAAAGUUUCAUUAACAUGUAUGCAUUUAUUUAUUUGAUUUUUUUCUGGAAAUUUAUUAAAAAAACGUGCAAAAAUUUAAGCUGUUCUGUUUGCAUCACACAUUCUGUUUGAACUGUUCUGCAAUUCAGAGACGGUGUAUCCGUGUUUUGCACGUUCCCUUGCAGUAAACGGGUUGGCUGAUGUGGCGUCCAUCGUCAUUCCAUUGGUCUCUCCACCCACCCCCCCCCCACGUCGCCCCUUGUAACAGCAGGCAUCUGCACACCAGUUUCUCUAUAUAUACUGGGACAGAAUAUGAGAGAAUAUAUUUUUGGAAAUGUGUUGAAUUAAAGAAAAUCUUAAUUUUGUCA